AUGAAUUCUCAAGAAACGACCCACUCUCAUGAACAUGUUCAUCCUCAUGAUCAUGGCCAUUCACAUGGUCACGCUCAUUCACAUUGGCAUUCUCACGGGGGAGGCGACGAGUCUGAUCUCUGGUCAGGACAGGACUACUUGGCUAAACCUGGAGUUCUCGAAGUUGCACAAAUAACUCACCAGUCGAUCUUACACUCACUGGCAUCCGCUGGUAUAGAUGUGGAGGACUUGAAGAGAUGGGAUGUUCUUGAAAUUGGAUCUGGUCCUGGAGCUGUGACCAAACAUCUCUUACCUACAUUCGCUUUAGUCCACGCUAUCGACUUAUCACCCUCAAUGAUCAUGUCCUUAAACUCGUACCUACCUUCUUCUUCCUAUCCAAGCUUGACAGGCACUCUUCAUGCCUUAUCAUCGUCGUCAGCCAAGAUAUUUGAAGACGGAGAACCCUUAUCGUCACCUACAAGCGAAGAUAAAUCACGUAAAAUCUCUCCGCCAAAAGCACAAUUUGACCUAGCUGUAUCGAAUUUGGUCUUGCAUCAUGUAGAUGACGUCGAUCCCUUCAUGUUGGGUGCUAUCGGAUUAUUGAAGAAAGGAGGCUGGUUCGUGCUCACAGAAUUUGGAUUGGUCGAGAACGGCAAAGAUAAAGAGGAAGAGAGAGAUGUUACCCGUAUGAAUAAAGAAGGAAAGGCUCUCAAGGGAGGUUCCGUCAACGCUCCUGAUCAUUAUAGACCCGCUGCUAGUGUGGAAUCACUCACUGAACUGUUCAAGUCAUACGGAUUGGUCGAUGUUUACGCUGAAAAGAGAGGUACUUUACCUGUUUUCGGAGAGAAUGGACCUCAACCUCCUUGUUUGAUCGUUCGAGGGAGAAAAGCAUAA